GGAUGCUUCAGGUGGGCUCCUUUUCUUCCAGUGGAAUCGUCUGACACGCUUCUCACACUGUUGCUGCUCCUAUCGAAAUAUCACAUCAAGAGCAUACCCGUUGUUGAAGCUGGACAAAGCAAUAUUCAUAACUUCAUUACGCAGUCAAGCGUUGGCACCAUGCUAGCAGAAUGUAGCGGCCUGGAUUGGUUCAAUCAUGUGGCAGACAGGUCUCUCGGAGAGCACAAUCUCCCGCUGAAGUCUGCCGAUGAGCUCUUCAAGAUUGAUGCGGAUCAGCCUGUCCUGGAGGCUUUCAAGCUCAUGGAAGAGCAUCACAUCGGAGCUGUUCCGGUGGUUGAAGGAAGUGGAAGUCGCAAGAUUAUCGGCAAUGUCAGUGCGCGAGAUAUACGUUUCUUGUUGAUGGAGCCUGGUGUAUUAGAUAACCAGAGUGACCUCUCUGUGCGCCAGAUGAUGGAAAAAGUGAAGCGUCUGCAUCCACAUGAAAACCAAGGAAGCGUGUCCAAGGUGAUCAUGACACCGCCCAUUACUUGCGGCCGGGACGAGACACUAAAGAAUGUGGUCCACACUUUGGCAGAUUACCAUAUCCAUCGGGUGUACGUCACUGAGGAAGACGGUAGUCUCGCAGGUGUCGUCACAAUACGUGACAUCAUUUCGCGAUUUGUGACCGAACCAGACAAUUACUUUGGCAACUUCUUCACUAGGGUAAUUCCGUCCUUCCCGAGUAGUCCCGAAGCACAGCCGGUAUGCGAUUGACCUGCAAGGUAAGCGGAGUACAGGAAAUCUGAGCAGCAUUGAGGGGAAGGUCUGUGACGCGGAGUCGGAGUUGCUCCGUAUGCGUUGGCAAUGUGGGUGCACUGUGAUAUCUGACUACAUUGUUUACGAGGUAUCAUCUCGACAGGCAACCCGAGUCGGACAGAAUGUAUGUGGUGUGACUCUUGACCCUCAGCCUGCACGGACACACACACAGCGGCCUUCAGCGCCAACCACGGACAAGAGAGGAGAAUGUCUACAAGGUAGAGGCUUCGCAAGUCGGCAAGUACUUUCACGGGCGCACACAGAGGCCUUCUGCACCAACCAUGGACAAGAGAAGAGAAUGUCUACAAGGUAAGAGACUUCGCACGUCGGCUAGCAUGUUUGUGAUUUCAUGGGUACAGUUACUACAGUCACUAGCAUGUUUGUGAGUAGCCUUCAGCACCAUCCGUAGACUAGACGAGGAAAUGUGUGCAGCGUACAGACUUCUGUGGGGCGGGUACCGGUAGCAAUUUCGUCGGUGUACCGUAACUAGAGUUAAUACAGUAUAUUUGUGAGAUUGCCAAAGAGCGAUGCCCUGCAUGGUGUCAGAACGUCGAGUGAUCUGGAAUCUGGAUGUGCUUAUCGGGCAGCCAGAUGCUGGGAGUGGCUCAGAGAAAUGCAGACAUCGUAAGAGACAUGGCGGCAAGAACGGUCCCGUCUACCUCAACUGAUGCUGUGCUACUUAUCAGCACCGCAGCCAAGAGGACAGUUAAACCAGCAGUACAUCCGAGCCUCUUUUGUAUGAGGCGGACUCUGCUUCGCGCCAAGCUUUGCCGGAACGCCAGUGCAGUGUUUUUGUUUUCAUUUUCAUUGCGGCGCCGCCAGCCAUUUUAGUCCAGUUGCCACAAGCCUCAGGAUUGUUCGGAGAGAGCCUCUCGUUCUUCUCAAGUUGCCUCAGACCAUGUACUGGUGGUUUAAAGAGGGAGAGAGGGCAAGGAUGGUGAGAAAGUGAGGAUGGGAGAGAAAGUCGAUUUAGAGCAGCAGAGGCCAGCCAAUCCAGGUUGGCCUUUCCCUUGGUGCUUGGAGGAAAGUGGCGUGGAAGUUUUUGGAAAGCUUGUAAGGGGAACACUCACAAGGACAAUGUUGUCUGCGUCUGGAGGCCAUAUGGUCACCUGUCACAGAUGCAGAAAGGACACUGGGUGACCAAUGGUGUCUUAGGAACUAAGUUGGAUUCCUCCGGUGACGUUGAGUUGAGACUGUUGAGCUCUGUAAUGCUAUUUGGUUUUCUGCCUUGUACCUGCUCCUCUCGGUCGCUGGGUUGGAUCUGCUCAGAUACCUAGAGCAGUGUGGACUGUGUAGCUUUCCUAUUUGCUGGCGCGCUCUCCUAGGUUAAUCAUACGGUUACCUUAGCUUCUUGAGCGACUGUGGACUGAGGCCGACCAUGGUAAAUACCGCAAAAAAAACUUUCCCUACCCUGUUAGUUCGAUUCCUUGGAUGGAUGGGGAUGAAAAAGACAGACAGGUGAGCGGACUUCGUAGUAGUUUGAAACAGUAGUCUAUUGUGGUUUUAGAUCCGAGUGGGGGGAUAUUGCUUUGACUAGGGUUUAGGGAAGUUUAGGCCCUUCAGGGUCUUAGCGGAUAGUUUGGGCAAUAAAAAACGGAGGCUGGGUAAAUGCUUCGACGGACCUUGGGGUGCCGGCGUGGGUCAGGGAAUACCUUGAAGGCUUGGAAUUGGAAUGGGGCUCGUAGCAGGACCUCUUUCUUCUUGUAGGUUUGGUGCUUUUGCUCACCUUCCGCACUCGACUUAUUUCUCCUUUCAUUGCGUAACGAGUUAUAGAGUCAACCGGCUGUGUGAUCGGAACUGUCAUUUGGAAGGUAAUCGGGUUCUGGCUGAGCUGUGCUGGUAUAACUAGCCAGCCAAUCCU